AUGGACGAAAUUAUUCCCGGGUUAUGGAUUGGAGACCUGGCAAGUGCCCUCGAUGUCGAGGAGCUGAAAUCACACUCCAUUUUCAGCAUCCUGUCGGCAAUGCGAGGACGAGUCACAAUCCACGAAACCUUCAUAAGACACCAAAUUAAACUGGACGAUACUGAGGACGAAGACAUAUUAACGCACUUUCUACCCUCCAUCAAUUUCAUUCAGGAGGAACUGGAUAAGGGAAGGGGUGUCUUGGUGCAUUGUCAAGCAGGAAUCAGUCGUAGUUCAACCAUAGUUGCGGCCUACUUGAUGUACAGCCAAAAAAUCGAUCCAAACGCUGCUCUGGCACUCAUCAAGCAAAAAAGACCAAACGUUGAACCGAAUCAAGGUUUUCUUUAUCAACUUGAGCUGUUCCAUACUGCUCGCUACAAAAUUUCCAGACGAGAGAAAAGCGUUCGGAGGUUUUACAUGGAAAGAACGGUUGGAGAAGUGAUGAAUGGCGAUGGAUCCCUGCCAGAAACCGGGAUGUUCGCUAGGUAUCCUUCUGAUUCCGUUCCAGCCACUCCAUCAGAAACAUCUGCUCCGGCCUUUCCGAUACCUCGAAGGCGCAUACGAUGCAAAAAAUGCAGGCAAGAGCUAGCCACCCGAGAACACAUGCUAGAUCAUGGGCAACUUGGUCCAGCGACUCCUGCUAUUGGAACACCUGCUUCUGUCUCCCCUGCCGUUUCGCGCCGUCCAUCAGGAAGCUCUGGACAAGGAUCGCUCAGACCUCUCAUUCGGCCUUCUAUCAGUUCAGGACUCACAGACUCAUUGGCAAUGUCAUCCAUUCAAGAGCAUCCUUCCACUGAACAAAAAUUGGAUUUAAGCUCAUCACAGCAGGAGUCAAAUUCUACUUCGGCGUCAACAUUUGCUCUCGAGACGGAAGAAGACGCAGACGAACCGACAGCCGUUGGAUCCCCACUUUCUCUGAAAGUCAACGCGGAUGGCACAGCUGCUGCCGACAUUUCGAUCCACAAAUCUGAAAUUUUGGGACGCCAACUAUCCGAUGCGGUUAUUUCGACUAUCGACGACAGAAAUGCACAUUUGAGUAGGAGAAACAGCCAUCACAAAGUACCUAGUGAUGCGGCGGUCGUAGAAUCCCCAAUGGAACUGCCUGAUACGACCAUCGAGCAGCCAAGUCGUCUGAUAAGUCCAUCUGACCUCUCUGCUCAGUUGUUUUCAAACCCCAAACUUGCUGGCCUACGAUCUCCAACUUUGCCAAGUCAAAGUACCUUAUCAAACAAUUCCGUGAAGGGAUCGACACCUGUCAGCGCUCCGAUAUUGGUAAAUCCACAAUGUUCUGGCUAUUUUGUUGAACCAAUGGGCUGGAUGGAACAUUUUUUGGAGGGCGGACAACUUGCUGGGAAGAUUACUUGUCCAAACAAGAAAUGCGGAGCAAAACUGGGGAAUUAUGAUUGGGCAGGAGUUUGUUGUGGGUGCAAGGAAUGGGUUACACCGGGUUUCUGCAUCAAUCGAUCCAAGGUCGACGAGGUCCUAUAG